AUGGCCUCCAGCAUCAGUCUGUUAUCUGAGGAGCAGUUUCUGUGUCCCAUCUGCCUGGAAAUGUUCACUCGGCCAGUCUCAACUCCAUGUGGACACAAUUUCUGCAUGGCCUGCAUCUCAUCCUACUGGGACGACCAACCAGUCUGCCAGUGCCCAAUCUGCAAGGAGACUUUUGAAAAGAGACCUGAUCUCAAGGUUAACACUUUCAUUUCUGAGCUUGCAUCGCAGUUCGUGUCGCUUCAAGUGACAGAUCCUCACAUCUGGAGAGUAGACCAUCAGCAAGCUAGCUCUGGUGGUACAGCACUGUGUGAUAUUUGCACUGACACCCAGCAACAGGCUGUCAAAUCCUGUCUGGAGUGUCUGACUUCUUACUGCGACGUUCAUCUCGAGCCUCAUCACAGAGCUGCUGGUCUGAAGAGACACACGCUAGUUAACCCUAUGGCGAGCCUGGAGGACAAGAUCUGCAAGGAGCACAACCGACUCCUGACGUUGUUCUGUAGGAAGGACAAGAUUUUGCUGUGUGACGUCUGCGCCACAUCACUUCACCGGAACCAUGGCGUGGUUGCUGUGCAGCAGGCAUACAAAAAGAUGAAGGGUAAGCUGGGGGACAUGGAAGCCAAAGUGCAGAAGAUGAUCCAGGAAAGGCUACAGAAUGUGCAAGACAUAAAGGCAUCUGUCGCACAAAGCAAGACAGAAAACAGAGAUUUGAUAGAAAGCAAUGUGAAGGACUUGAAGGCGCUGGUGUGUGAGAUUCAGAAGAGCGAGGCAGAGCUUGUAAGAGUGAUUGAGGAGAAGCAAAAAGCAGCAGAGAAACAAGCUAAUGGUUUUAUAAGCAGUAUGGAGCUGGAGGUCGUUGAGCUGCAGAUAACAGCGGAGAAGCUGAGGGAUCUGAAACAGACUGAUGACCAGCUCCAUUUCCUCCAGAGCUUCAAAAUGCCCUCCCUCCUACCACACACCAUGGACUUGUCCACAUUCAGUUUUAAAAGCCCCCUGGGGAUACAGCACAUAUGCAAAUCUUUGAGCAAAUCAGUGUCUGAACUGCGAGUGGUGCUGAAUAAAAUGAACACAGAAAUAAAUAAAUUCUCCGAAAGUGCAGAUGUGUUAAUGGAUGUAGAGCUGAGAUCCGCACAGCAGUAUGAAGUGGACAUCAAGCUCGAUCUUGACACAGCUCACCCUCUGCUCAUUUUAUCAGAUGAUGGCAAACAAGUGAGAUACAGUAUGGGUUCAGGUUUAUGGGUAAAUCCACACGUGACCCCGUUUAUGUUUACUACACAUCUUGCCGUUCUGGGAAUGAGAGGCUUCUCAUCACGGAAGUUCUACUUUGAGGUGUUUGUGGGUAAAAAGACUGAAUGGUCUGUGGGCGUGGCCACGGAGUCGAUCCAGAGGAGAGGUGUAAUUGACCGAAGUCCUAAUAGUGGACUCUGGGCUAUCUGGUUUCUUGAAGAUAAGUUUGAAAGCUUCAGUUUUCCAAACGUGCCGGUGUACUUGGGGAAAGUGGAGAGGGUCGGGGUGUUUGUGGAUUACAACAGAGGUCAGGUAUCGUUCUACGAUGUACAAAUGGCCGCCAUUAUUUACUCAUUCACUGACUGUUUCUUUACUGAGGAAGUCUAUCCAUACUUUAAUCCUUGUGAUAAUGAGUAUGGUUCCAACUUGGAUCCGAUGAUAAUUGUUCCUGUCCGUCAUACAUAGUGA